AUGGAUGGACGAGCCUCCCCAGAUGCCACUGCUUCUGCACAAUUUGGCUGCACGAACAAGAGAGGUUUUUCACAGACGCUGUCUGGGGAUGCCUCCAACAUCUCGUCUCGUCACACGAAGAAGCGAAGUGAAGUGAUAUUGUUCCCAUACUUUCGCAACCGUCUUGCAUGCGAUCCGCUGAAUUUUUUUUGUGUUUACGCGAAUCACGAGUACAAAUGGAGCGACACUGCGGCAGAGGCGGAACGAAGCAUCUUUGCACUUGUCGACUCGAUGGUGGCUGCCGCCCGCAAGGCCUUUAAUGAGUCCCUAAAACACUGGAGACAGAUGCCGGACUUUGUGCGGCAGGCACAUGCACUUUGCUUCGUUAUGUCAGUUCCAUCGGCACCCAUGACGGGCACAACACUGCAUGCGUACUUGAAUAGGGAUAGUUUUGCGCACCACCUAACGACGCGCAAAAGUGUGGUGUCUUUUUCUUCUGCGAUUCCCCUUGUUGGUCCAUGCAAUGAUGUGAAUGCUGCUUUUGGCGGCAGUGUUGGACGAACUACACAUUCAAAAGGGACAUUGCCGCGUCUCGGUUCUCGUGACCGACCCGAGGACGAAGAUGAGGCUGUCAUGAAGAGUCUUUUGCAGCAGUGGGAACCACCUCAGAAUGGUCCUAAGUGCCGUAUUGUGCUGGACAUUAUUGCAUCACGCAAAACCCUUGGUGAUGAUCUACCCAACAGCGAACCUUAUCGAUUGGGACAGAAAGUAUUUGGUUUUGUCAAGAAAAGCUACCCACAAGAGGUUAUGACUACCUUUGUGGGUAUCAGCGACAGCAGCGUGACGCUCGUUGGCAGAGAUAUUAUCUACCCUUUUCGUAUUACUGGCAGUGCGGGGGCAAAGUCAAAUACGACACCCAUCGCUCUCGCAGGAAUUCGAAACACGUUCACGGGUAGUCCUGCUCCAGUCUCCAUGUUUACUUCUGCAGAUGCGUUGGGAAUGACAGCAGCUACUAACAUGACGGCAACGGUUUCAGGAGUUGAGCAGGUGUUGGCAAACACUGUUCCCGCCCCAAGGAUGGUGGCGGUACCGCCUGUGAACACGGACAAGGUGGACAACGUGAGGUUAGUCGUAUGUUUCCCGCCUGGGGAUGUCACAGCGUGA